CAGGAGGCGUAGCUUUACGGUAGCGGUCCGUGUGUGAGCCGUGAGGGAGCGGAGGCGGCGGGAUGGGGCAGAAGCGGAAAGAUCUCAGCCAUGCAGAGCUGAUGAUGAUGACAAUAGCUGACAUCAUAAAACAGUUAAUUGAGGCUCACGAGCAAGGAAAGGAUGUGAAUCUGAACAAGCUGAAAACCAAGACCUCAGCAAAAUAUGGACUCUCAGCACAGCCACGGUUGGUUGACAUCAUUGCUGCUGUCCCACCACAGCACCGCAAGGCUCUGGUGCCAAAGCUGAAGGCCAAGCCCAUAAGGACGGCUAGUGGGAUUGCCGUCGUGGCUGUGAUGUGCAAACCACACAGGUGUCCACACAUUAACUUCACAGGCAACAUAUGUGUAUACUGCCCAGGUGGCCCUGAUUCUGAUUUUGAGUAUUCAACGCAGUCUUACACUGGAUAUGAGCCUACAUCCAUGAGGGCCAUUCGGGCUCGGUAUGACCCCUAUCUCCAGACAAGACAUAGAGUGGAACAGCUGAAGCAGUUGGGUCACAGCGUGGAUAAAGUGGAGUUCAUUGUGAUGGGUGGAACUUUCAUGGCCUUGCCUGAAGACUACAGGGAUUACUUCAUCCGAAACCUUCACGACGCGCUGUCGGGUCACACCUCCAAUAACGUAGCAGAGGCUGUCAAGUAUUCUGAACGGAGCUUGACCAAAUGCGUUGGGAUAACCAUCGAGACCAGACCAGACUACUGCCUGAAGCGCCAUUUGAGCGACAUGCUGUCCUAUGGCUGCACGAGGCUGGAGAUCGGAGUGCAGAGUGUGUAUGAGGACGUGGCCAGGGACACCAACAGAGGUCACACCGUGAAGGCUGUGUGCGAGUCCUUCCACUUGGCCAAGGAUGCUGGCUUCAAAGUGGUGGCACACAUGAUGCCUGAUUUACCAAACAUGGGCCUUGAAAGGGACACCGACCAAUUUGUUGAGUUCUUUGAGAACCCAGCUUUUCGCCCUGAUGGCAUGAAGCUCUACCCAACGCUGGUGAUCCGCGGCACCGGGCUGUACGAGCUCUGGAAGACUGGCAGAUACAAGAGCUACCCCCCUAGCACCCUUGUUGAUCUCGUGGCCAGAAUCCUGGCUCUGGUCCCACCGUGGACGCGUGUGUACCGUGUUCAGAGAGACAUCCCAAUGCCACUGGUGAGCUCUGGAGUGGAGCAUGGGAACCUGAGGGAGCUUGCCUUGGCCAGGAUGAAAGAUCUUGGGACACAGUGUCGUGAUGUAAGGACAAGAGAGGUUGGAAUUCAAGAAAUUCACCAUAAAGUGAGACCAUAUCAGAUUGAAUUAAUUAGAAGAGAUUAUGUGGCUAAUGGUGGCUGGGAGACCUUCCUGUCCUAUGAAGACCCAGAGCAGGACAUUCUCAUUGGCCUCCUACGACUGCGAAAGUGCUCAGAAGAGUCCUUCAGACCUGAGCUGAAGGGGGGUGUUUCCAUUGUGAGGGAGCUGCACGUGUAUGGGAGCGUGGUCCCAGUGAGCAGUCGGGAUCCUUCCAAAUUUCAGCACCAGGGAUUUGGCAUGCUACUCAUGGAGGAGGCAGAAAGAAUAGCCAAGGAGGAGCACGGGUCAUGGAAAAUUGCUGUCAUUUCAGGCGUUGGCACGAGGAACUACUACAGGAAGAUCGGCUACGAGCUGGAGGGGCCAUACAUGGUGAAAAGGCUGCAGUGAACCCAGCAGGUCCUCACCCCACCUGCUGCAAGGAGAGGACGUGGCUGAUCCAGGAGAAAAGCUCACGGUGCUGGUUGGAGGCUGAAAACCAAAGCCUGCCAGCUGCAAAGGACUUGUUUGUGCCCAUGGCAGCAAAUGAGGAGCACGGUUCUCCUGAGGUGUGCUUUGCCCCAGGAGGGGUGGUGGACAUCACACACACAUCCAGGGCUGCCUUUGCUGCGUUGCUAUGUGGGACUGAAUCACAGGUGAACUGAAGGGCACCCUAUAAGGCAGCCCAGUGUGGAAAAGUGUCCAUUAUUUCUAGGAUGCUGCCAUUGGACCUUUAAUAUGCAUUGAAAUUGUGUGGGUUAUUGUGCAACAUAAAUGAAUUCCUGCUCUGUGCCUACUUA